AUGGGGAAGGAUAUAAGAUCGUUCCCUCUUCCUGAUAUCGAUGAGGCACUUGACAUGGCAAACGAUGUGCCGAGAGAGAUAUUUGAGGAGUCUAUGAUCAGUGUGGACAAUGAGCACACAACCUUAUCUGACUCCCUCAACGUCGAGCAGAGGGUCGCCUACGAUGAGAUUCUAGCUACGGUUGACAACAACGAAAGAGGCAUGUUCUUCGUUGAUGGCUCGGGAGGCACAGGGAAGACUUUUCUUUACAAGGCACUACUUGCUAUGGUCCGCGGCCAGGGGAAGAUCGCCGUGGCAACGGCUGCAUCUGGUGUUGCCGCUUCUCUAAUGCCCGGAGGAAGAACCGCGCACUCGCGAUUCAAGAUACCUCUGACCAUUGAUGAUGAGGGUUUCUGUAGUAUCACAAAGCAGAGUGGGACGACUAAGCUUUUGCAGGUGGUGUCACUGAUUAUGUGGGAUGAAGCCUCCAUGACUAAGAGGCAGGCGAUGGAGGCCUUGGACAACAGCAUGUGCGAUGUAAUGGGCCGGUCAAAUGUCCUGUUCGGCGAGAAGACGGUUGUGUUUGGUGGUGACUUUAGGCAGGUCCUCCCUAUUGUCCGAAAGGGGUCAAGGUCUCAGAUAGUUGAUUCGAUGCUGCGCAAGUCCUACCUGUGGGAGCGCAUGCGACAUCUACGGCUCAUGCGUAAUAGAGGGCUCAGAGUGACCCAUGGUUUGCGGAAUACCUGUUGUGCAUCGCGGAAGCAGUUUUCUAUCAGGCUCAGCUUCGCCAUGACAAUCAACAAGUCACAGGGACAGACCAUCCCGAAUUUCGACGUGUACCUUCCCCAGCUAGUGUUCUCUCAUGGCCAGCUAUACGUCGCGUUAUCUAGAGCCACUACCAGAAGGAACAUCAAGAUCCUCGCCACCCUGGAUGAAGGUAAGAAAAAGGAGAAGGGCUCAAAGCAGAGUGAGAUAUGCACUAAAAAUAUCAUCUACAGAGAGGUCCUCACACUAUAG